UAACAUUGAUGAAAAAAUUGCAAAAAGUUUUAAAAAAUGUAAAAAUGCCUGAAAAGUUUGAAAUUUGAUUAUUUAAUCUAAAGCGAAAUAGAUCUCUCAAGUUACAAAUAGAUAAAUCCUCGAAUGAAAAUUCAACAUGCCGCUUGUAAAUAUGAAAAAGGCCAGCAAGGCGGCAGCAAAGUCGUCCGGAAAAAGUUUUUCAGUUCGAGUGCAAACAAUGGACGCUGAACUAGAGUUUGCCAAUAUUGAACACAAGGCAUCAGGAAAGGAGCUGUUUGAACUGGUCUGUAAGACUAUUGGCCUCCGGGAGACUUGGUAUUUUGGCCUUCAGUACAUUGAUUCAAAGGGUUAUAUAGCCUGGCUUAAGUUUGAUAAGAAGGUGUUAGAUCAAGAUGUGCCAAAAGAGUCACCAGUAACAUUUCUGUUUCUUGCCAAGUUUUAUCCAGAGGAUGUGUCCGAGGAGUUGAUACAAGAGAUUACACAACAUUUAUUCUUCCUGCAAGUGAAACAGUCCAUACUCAACAUGGAUAUAUACUGCCCACCAGAGGCCUCAGUUCUACUAGCUUCUUACGCUGUGCAAGCAAAGUAUGGAGACUAUGAUGAGACAACAUAUAAACCAGGAAUGCUAGCCAGUGAAGACCUGCUACCUCAGAGAGUUAUAGACCAGUAUCAGAUGACAUCUGAAAUGUGGGAGGAGAGAAUCAAAACAUGGUACGCUGAUCAACGAGGAUUUACAAGAAGUGAAGCAGAGAUGGAAUAUUUAAAGAUAGCACAGGAAUUUGAGAUGUAUGGUGUUAAUUAUUUCCAAAUUAAAAACAAGAGGAACACAGAUCUCUGGCUAGGUGUUAAUGCACUAGGUUUGAAUAUUUAUGAGAGAGACAAUAGGUUAUCCCCAAAUGUCACAUUUCCCUGGAAUGAAAUAAAAAACAUCUCAUUUAAAGAUAAAAAGUUUGUGAUCAAAGCAAUUGAUAAGAAGGCACCUGAUUUUGUGUUUUAUGCACCAAAGAUCCGGCUUAAUAAACUGAUUUUAGAGUUAUGUGUUGGUAACCAUGAGCUGUUUAUGAGACGUCGUAGACCCGACUCUAUGGAGAUCCAACAGAUGAAGGCCCAGGCUAGAGAUGAAAAAGUUAGAAAGCAGAUUGAGAGAACACGUUAUACCAAGGAGAAGCAGUUGAAGGAGGAAGCUUUGAGAGAGAAAGAGGAAUUAGAAAGAAGAUUGUCUCAGUUACAAGAUGAUGUUAGAAUAGCUCAGGAAUCUCUGUUAAGGUCUGAGGAGACAGCAGAAUUGUUAGCAGAGAAGGCAAGAAUUGCGGAGGAGGAGGCAUCAUUACUUUCACAGAAAGCCAACGAGGCAGAGAAUGAGAAAAAUAGAAUACGAUUGUCUGCAAUAAAGACUGAGGAAGAGAAAUUAACUAUGGAACUACGGGCCAGAGAUGCUGAAUUUAUAGCUACAAGAUUACUGGAAGAUUCUGAACAGAGGGCAAGGGAAGCUGAGCAGUUAAGAGAAGAGUUGAGGCAGGCAAAACUAGAAGAGAGACUGGCAAAAGAGAAACUUCUAGAAAUAACGAGAGGAUCUGUAGCAUACCCAGAAAUGUUUUCGAUACCAAACUUAUCGUCCGACCUUGCCUCUCAUCUGACACUAGCAACAGACCUUGGUCCUAAUGAAUCUACUACUGAAGCAAGCUGUGAUCUCUUAGCAACCACCGAUAUGGCACAACUGUCUCUUGAAAUUGAAAAAGAAAGAGUUGAAUACACAGAAAAAUCAAAGAACCUGUCAGACCACCUAAGAGAAUUAAAAACAGAAAUAGAAGUGUUAAAGAAAGAAGAUACAGAGAGUAUGUUAGACAGGUUGCAUGAGGAAAGUGUACUCCGAGGAGAAACGAAAUACUCAACUUUACGACGGGCAACAACCACAAGCACACAGUCGAGAGUGACAUUGUUUGAACAGUUAUGAUAAGAAAACAGCAUUAUGAAAUAGGAAAAAGAAAAUGGACUUAAUGUUGCUUAACUAAGCCAGUCUAUGCAGAUUUGAAAGCAGAUACCGUCCACAAAGGAAUAUUUUACUGUGCUGGCUUUGUGUAACCAGUAAAUUGUCUGUGAUCAGUGGUGAAGUGUUGAUAUUACUGCUGUGCAUACUUGCCUAAAGAUCAGCUUCACGAUUAGUACAGGUUUAUCCCUAAGCAGGUUUAUCGUGAGGACAUGAAUAGUUUAUCCUGAAAACCAAAUGUGCAAAAAAGGGUUUUAACUGAGUAUUGUCUGGACUAGACCUUGGUAACACCUGUGAUUUUGGCAAAAUUCAAAGUGGAAAGACCACCAAGAAUAAAAAUAACAAUAAAUGAUAUAAUAUCAGAGUUUAAGGUUGAAUGUUUCUAUAUUUCCAUACAUAAAUGUAUUGGAAAUUUCUCCAAUUUUCUCUGCAGACAAAAGUGAUAAUUUGGAGAUUUGGCUGUGUUCCUGAGGCCAGUUGAAAUGAUUUAAAAGAGGCUCUUAAACACCAUGUGAUCUUUAAUGGUGUGAACUCAAGUUCAUUUUAUCCCAAAGUUCCAGUGUGUCAGCUGCAUUGUAAAAGCUUUGAGUGAAAGAUGUUGGUUUGCAGAAUAUUUCUAAUUUAUAUUCUGUUUAUAGUACAGUGAGUUAAAUUUGUCAUAGACCAAUAGGCUUUGUCAUUUUAAUAGUUAAUAAUUUUGAAUUCCUGACACCAGUUUAGAACUGUAGUCAGUAGAAAUUCUACCUGAUGCAGAAGUCAGUGAAGUAAUAUGUCUAUGGUGGUUUUAAAUAGCAAACUUUGCAAUCAUAUCUUUCAUAUUUUAGAGUGAAGCUAGUGUUACAGCAUUAUGGAUUGUAAUAUUUUAAAAGUUUAAAUAUUAUUUUGCAUAAUAAACAUACCUGUAGUUUGCAUGGAAUUUUCAUGUCUGCAGAGAUGGCUUGAGAACUUCAGUUGUGUUGCAUGUUUGGUCUGCAAAGAAGAAAAACCUGUACCCAUAAGUCUUCCUGUACUAAAAUGUUACUGCCAUACUUCAGAUUUAUUUAAUCAGUUGUGUGAUUUUUAUUUUUAGCUCACCUGAGCACAAAGUGCUCAAAGGUGAGCUUUUGUGAUUGCCCUGUGUCCGUCAUCGUCCGUCUGUUGUCAACAAUUUGACUGUUAACACUCUAGAGGUCACAAUUUUGGCCCAAUCUUAAUGAAACUUGAUCAGAAUGUUACCCUCAAUAAAAUCUUGGACAAGUUCGAUAUUUGGUCAUCUGGGGUCAAAAACUAGGUCACCAGGUCAAAUCAAAGGAAAAGCUUGUUAACACUCUAGAGGUCACAGUUGUGGCCCAUCUUAAUGAAACUUGGUUAGAAUGUUACCCUCAAUAAAAUCUUGGACAAGUUCGAUAUUGGGUCAUCUGGGGUCAAAAACUAGGUCACCAGGUCAAAUCAAAAGAAAAGCUUGUUAACACUCUUAGAGGUCACAAUUUUGACCCGAUCUUAAUGAAACUUUGUCAGAUUGUUACUCUCGAUAAAAUCUUGGACGAGUUCGAUAUUAGGUCAUCUGGGAUCAAAAACUAGGUCACCAGGUCAAAUCAAAGGAAAAGCUUUUUUACACUCUAGAGGUCACAAUUUUGGCCCAAUCUUAAUGAAACUUUGUCAGAAUAUUACUCUCAAUAAAAUCUUGGACGAACUCGAUAUUGUGUCAUCUGGGUUCAAAAACUAGGUCACCAGGUCAAAUCAAAGGAAAAGCUUGUUAACACUCAAGAGGUCACAAUUUUGGCCCAAUCUUAAUGAAACUUGGUCAGAAUGUUACCCUUAAUAACUUCUUGGACGAGUUCGAUAUUGGGUCAUCUGGGGUCAAAAACUAGGUCACCAGGUCAAAUCAAAGGAAAAGCUUGUUAACACUCCAGAGGUCACAAUUUUUGCCCAACCUUAAUGAAACUUAGUCAGAAUGUUAUCCUCAGUAAAAUCUUUGACGAAUUUGAUAUUGGGUUAUCUGCGGUUAAAAACUAGGUCACCAGGUCAAAUCAAAGGAAAAGCUUUUUAACACUGUAGAGGCCACAUUUAUGACUAUAUCUUCAUGAAUCUUGGUCAGAAUGUUAGUCUUGUUGGUCUCAAGAUCCAGUUUGAAUCUGGGUCACGUAGGAUCAAAAACUAGGUCACCAGGUCAAAUCAAAGGAAAAACUAGUUAACACUGUAGAGGCCACAUUUAUGACCAUAUCUUAAUGAAGCUUAGUCAGAAUGUUGAUCUUGAUGAUCUAUAGGUCAGGUUCAAAUCUGGGUCAGGUGGGGUCAAAAACUAGGUCAUUAGGUCAAAUCAAAGAAAAAGCUUGUUGACACUCUAGAGGCCACAUUUAUGACUCUAUCUUCAUGAAACAUGAUCAGAAUGUUAAUCUUGAUGAUCUUUAGGUCAAGUUCGAAUCUCGGUCAUGUGGGGUCAAAAACUAGGGCACGGGGUCAAAUCAAAGGAAAAGCUAGUUAACACUUUAGAGAUCACAUUUAUGACCAUAUCUUUAUGAAACUUGGUCAGAAUGUUAAUCUUGAUGAUCUUUAGGCCAGUAGGUCAGGUGAGCGAUACAGGGCCUUCAUGGCCCUCUUGUUGGCUUUUUUUGUUGCCUUUUUAUAAAUGAAUGUACUGUAUGUCAUUUGAUAGAUACAUAUUUUGAUAACAGUGUCCAUAAACAAGUCAUUAAGGUGGCUGUGUUAAAUGCAAUGUUGAUCAAGGCAAAUAUUUGUCUAUUUGAUAUUGAUACAUUCUUAGGAAAUCCAAGGGAGGUAAUACAAAAAAUGUUUUUGUGAUAUCUAUAACAGUUUCAAAUUUUUUGUAAAUAUCUGUUUUGGUGGGAUAUAUUCCUUUGUAAGUUUCAGCUAUUUUGAGCCUAAGAAUUUAGAAAAAUUGUAAUUCUCAUUCCAUUGUCAGUUUGACACAUCUGGGUGAAACAAUAUGGUAUUAGUAACAUUUCUAAAAUUUAGAAAAAAAAAACAUUUUAAAGAAAUAUUCAGUAGUUUAAACUUUACACAGUCAUUUUGUAGAUAAAGUAAGGGUAUAAGUUAUUCUGCUUGAGUGGCAUUGCAUCUUUUAAAGAUACCAAAAUAUAACUUUGUUGUAUUACAUAUUGUCAUAAGUUCUUGUACAAUGUUCAACAGGGUUGAGUACAACUCACAAUUUGUUAUAUUACCUUGAAUUAUUACUGGUACAUAUGUAUGUUUAAUGGAGGUUAUUUUGCUUACACAGCUUGGAGAGUUUAGGAGUUUGAUCAUAAAACUAUGCAUUUAUUAUACCCCCACCAAACAUGUUUGAGGGGGGUAUAUAGGAGUCAGUUUUGUCGCGUCCCGUCCCGUCCCGUCCCGUUGCGUUGCGUCCCGAAAUCUAUUAUCUCAGUUAUUACCAAAUGGAUUUGAUUCAAACUUAAAAUACAUGUUCCACCUUAUCUACCACAUCAUGUGACACAAGGUGCAUAACUCUGACACCAAUUUUUCAUGAAUUAUGUCCCCUUUUACUUAGAAUUUAAGGUUAAUUUUGUUGUAUUUUCACUAUAUCUCAGUUAUUACUAAAUGGAUUUGAUUCAAACUUAAAAUAGUUGUUCCACCUCAUCACCCAGAUCAUGUGACAUAAGGUGCUUAACUCUGACAUAAAUUUUUUAUGAAUUAUGUCCCCUUUUACUUUAAAUUUAAGGUUGAUUUUGAUGUAUUUUAACUAUAUCUCAGUUAUUACAAAAUGGAUUUGAUUCAAACUUAAAAUAGAUGUUCCACCUCAUCACCCACAUCAUGUGAUACAAGGUGCAUAACUCUGACACCAAUUUUUCAUAAAUUAUGCCCCUUUUUACUUAGAAUUUAAGGUUAAUUUUGAUGUAUUUCCACUAUAUCUCAGUUACUACUGAAUGGAUUUGAUUCAGACUUAUAAUAGAUGUUCCACCCCAUCACCCACAUCAUGUGACACAAGGUGCAUAACUCUGACACUAAUUUUUCUUGAAUUGUGUCCCAUUUUACCUAGAAUUUAAGGUUAAUUUUGAUGUAUUUUCACUAUAUCUCAUUCUGAUUGGCUUAGAGCCAAAGGGAAGUAACCUUUUUUUAACUUUUGUACUGAGUUUCUUCCCCUUAAAUUCCAGGAAUUAGUCUAUUUUUAGAUUUUCAAUAUUGUAGGUAUUUUUCUAACUUUUUUAUUAUAAGUCCUAUGUAAAAAGUAAAUACAUUUUUCUGUAGUAACAUGGGUCGGUAAGACACUUUUUUUGUAUUCACUUUUAGUGUAUCUCUAAUAUUAGAGAUUUUUUAUAUUUACUUGUAUUACUAUACUAGUAUUAUACUAGUACUACUUAUAUGUGGAAGCCCAGAAUGAAGUACUCCAAAGACUAAGUAUUUUUAAGCUUCUGUGACAAGACCGUAUGGUGGGGGUAUGAGUCACUCCUGUUACAGUUCUAGUUACUUCAUGUUGUGAUAUAUUAAUAAUACAUGGUGUUAUGAAUUACAUGCAUUCUUGUUCAAAGGGGCAGUCUUGUUUAAUUUGUACUUUUUGCAUUAGUUUUGAGUUGAAGAAGUUUUUUUCUUUCUGUAUAUAUCGUGAUUUUUAGCAGUUUAUUGAAAAAGAAAAGUGGAUUAUAUCAUAAUAAUUUUACUGUUUCAAACUGCUAGUAAGAUUAUCGUACAUAAUUCCACUAGUACAGCAUAAUUUCUGUAGUGGACAACUACAAACGGAAGAGGAGGAAUACAAAUUAUAAAUAAUAAAAACUUAACUAAAAUAUUAAAGAUAAGACUUAGGUACAAAACCAUAAAAAAUAUGCUGUUUUGAAUUAAAGUAUGAAAGAAAAAAUUGAAUAUUAAUAUAAAGAUGUCACAUAUGCAACAUCUGAGCUUCAAAAUGUGAAUAUUAUUGGUAUUCACUCAGUGAAAACAGUUUGACUUACUCUGUAACAGACAAAAUAUCACUGUUAAAUAGAAAAUGAAUCUUAGUUUUAAAACAUGAAGCAAACUAAGGACUGGAAAAUGACAUUAAUAAAUUGCAGUAUUAAUCAUAACAAGUCACUUCAUUUUGUAAUAUUUUAGUAAUUUGGUCACAUUUAGCAUGACAAAUUAAACCUUGCUACUGAAUUAUUUUACAAGCCCCAUGUAGUUCUGGGACGAUCUGUGUAUGAAAAGAAUUGGAACCACUGCCUUACCCUGGCAUAAUCAUAAGAGGCAACUAAUAGGGUCUUAACACUUGGUUUUGCUGUAACUGUGUGAUUCCAGCUGGUAUGCAAAUUUUGAUUCCAUACCUCAUGUUUUUAUUUCGAUGUAAAUGAGAUGUGAAACCAAAAUUUGUAGUCGUGUUUGGCGCCAUAUAACCUAUACUGUGUUGGUGCACCGUAAAACCUAAAUAAAAAAAUAAUAAAAUUAUUUUACAAAGCAUUUUACAUUUCUGCUCUGUUUUGAUAUAUACUGUACAUAUUUUUGUUUAUCACAUGUAAGUUAUUUAGAUCUGAAAUUUCUUUUGUGCAAUAUCUGUGAAAAGUUGUGGCAUACAUUUGCUUUAAAAGAGAUGUCUUUAGAUAAAUUUUGUAAUCAAAGGAAAAAGUUUCUUUCAUGAAUUCUGUGUCUUUCUCCAGCUGAUUAUUUAUAAAGAUUAGAAACCAUUAGAACAUAAAUUGUUGCAGUCAGAGGCAGCCUUUUUCAGCAAAUGUAUGCCAUGAAUAUGGUUCUUCCAAAAAGGGUAUUUUCAUACGCAAUGCUGUAAAACAUGGGUAUUAUGAUGUAUGAAAAACUGAUACAAGUAACUUCUAUUUCACAUCUCUUUGUUCAGAAUAUAUUAUAAAGGUAUAAGCAGCCAUGAUUAAUGUAGACAUAUAUUUUAGUGACUUAUUGUUAGAUUACCAAAUAACUAUAUUUAGCAAUAGAUAUGGAGACAAAUUGUGUUUGAAGUUUCUAACACAUUUUCACAGUUUCAGAAAAUUAUAUAAAGAAAUAAAUUAUGACUUAGACUUAACACUGUAAUAUAAAGCACCUUGGAAUGUCUUUAUCAUGAAAAGGGAGCUAUAUAAAUCUGGUAUAAUAUAUAAAAUAUAAGACUGGUUGCUAUAUAUUUUUAUUCUAUAUCUAUUUUAUCUAUCCAAUCGUGAACGUUCAAUAGCAACACGUGACCGUACAAUAUAUUACCUUAUUGGACUCGUGUGCAUACAAAAAUCCUGUUUUUUUCCAUAUUUGGACAGUUAAAAAAGUCCCACGUUAAAUAUACAAUAACUGGAGAAAAUGUUCCGAAUGUUAAUCGGGUGAAGUAGGUGCUGUAUGCAUAGAGUUUGAUUAUGCGUCUCUGAAAUCAGGAAGGCAGAAAUACAAUAUUCAGUGAAUAAUCUUUAAUUUAAACUAAAAUAAAAUAAGAUAUAGAAUAAAAAGGUUAUUUAACAUUGAACUGUACAAUACGAGAUAUAUUUGGACUCGUACCCAGCCUAGCAGCUUGUCCAAUAUGGUUUUCUCAGCUGGGUACUCAUCCAAAUAUAUCUCCGUAUUGUACAGAGCAAUGUUAAAUAACCAAAUAGGAUAGAAUUGCAAAAGAAAUAUUUUUUAGCUUGUAAUAACUAUACGUAACCCAGAUACACAUUAAAUCUCGGUUGCUACCAGUAUAAACAAGAAAAUAGAAUAAUAUAGCAAGAUGGUAACAUGACAGAUGUUAGAAUCAAAAUAAUAUCAGUAUUAUUUGUUAAUUGUUCAUAAUAUACCAAUGUCAAUGUAUAAUUUGUCUUGCUUAUUUAACCUGAUAGUAUACUGUAAGUAAGUCAUCAUUAAGAAUGCAUCACUUGAACUAAAUGUACCAGACAAGUGUCAGAUUUUGUUAUCAUCUGGAAAAUAGACAUUAUUUAGAGUUACCUCCCUUCAUACAUUAGUUUCAGCAGGUUGUUGUGAUGAGUAGGUCAUUAACAUCAAGUUGGUUGUUACAUUCUUACAUAAUUUGUGUUUGCAUUUAUUAUGUUUUAUGGCUGGUUUUGAUAGGAACAAAUAGUUGUUUUUACAUACAAGAAAUAACAUAUAAACAGUUCGCCAUAUCAACAAAGGUAGACCUGUGGUCUGGAUUCAGGACGUUUGAUAAGGCAAACAUAUCAUUGCUGUAAAAUCAUUUAAUUUCAUGGGCAUACAAUUUUAUGGUUUCAGCCAAAACAGCAAUAUCGUGCAGACCAAAAUUUGUAGAUUUUACCUUUUAUGGAUUAUAGAUAUUAUAUACUUCCAUAGCGAUUUAAUUUCGUCGAACAAUAUAACUACGAAAUCUAUAAAUAUCAGUUCCCUACAAACAAAAAUGAUUUUACAGUAUUUAAUUUUGGCGUCCAUCUUUCCGGAUCUGCCUAACUUCCAGUUUGGCCAAUGAAAUAUACAGAAAUGUUGUCAUUUUUAUGCCCCCGGCAUCUACUGAUGCGGGAGGCAUAUAGUGAUUGUCCUGUCCGUCUGUUCGUUCGUUCGUCCGUCCGUAGGAGGUUAACCAAAUGGGACCAUUUCGUCUAGCAUCAAUACCCCUAACUAGAAUGACUUGAUACUAAUGCAGAUGUAACCUGUGACAAUUGCUUAUCUUCAAAUAUCACCUGGCCUCAGUUUGACCUUGACCUUGAACUUGACCUCGUUUUGGACUUAGGUUGCUUUGUAUCGACAAGGAUGCCACCGGAGGCAUCAAGCGUUUAUUGAAUGCAGCUACUUGUUACAGGUUGUUUCAAUGCACAGAUUAAAAUACCUAGCAAAUAAUUAAGUUUACAAUGAAAUUGACAGUCUUUCUAAAGCCAGAUGUCCCGUAUUCAGACAAGGUCUGUGACUUAGGUUAGACUGUGUAAAUAUUAGUGGCCUUUGUUGCCAAGUGGUUAAGGUUGCACACUUUGAAACACUUUCCCUACUUCUGUGUGGAUUAUAAACCUCUCAUAGGGUGUAGAAUUCUUCAUGUAUGGAAGAUAUCGGGCUGACUAACAGACGGACCAGUGGCUCUAAUCAGCUGCCCAUCCAUUCCUGAAACAUUGCCAGGAGAGUCGUCUGGGGUCUUCUUCCUUCUGGAGAAGCUGAAAAAGUUACCAUAUGACCUUACUAAUGUCAGAGUUGAAAGCUUAGUCGUAAUUAUGCCUUGUCAUCUUUGAAAUAUUUGUAAUUGUCAUUGGAAAGGAGUGCAUGCUCUACUCGUUCAGGUUAAAUAAGUUUGACAGUGUUGUAUGUAUAUAUGUAUGUACAUGUAUAGGACAUAUAAAUAUCUUUCCUACUAGUUUAUUAUGAGAUAUUUCAUACUGCUUUGAUAUUACUUUUUAUAUAGGUAGAGAUGUAUGUUUUCAAGUGGUGUUCCUAUUUCAUCUUUUUACUCCUUUGCUAUGUACUUUUAUGCUCACACACAGGACUUCUUAUUUCUAAUUUAUUCAGCUUGUUCCUGUUGCUCACGUUAGAUGAACACAUCUCUUUUAUAGUUUUUACAUGCUUUUUAGAAGUUUAAGUUGGUUUUGAUAGUGUAUUUUAGUGAGAUUAGUAUAGGUAAGAGGUUCUGAUAACCGGCUAUUUACACGCUAAAACCAGAAAUACCAACUUGAAGGUUAUUUAAUGAUGAAUUCUAAAGUUUUAGUGAUUUCAGUUUUAGAUUUUUAGCGUGUCUGAUUUUUGAAAAAAAUCUACGAGGUAUUGUUUUCACUUGAUUAACAUACAUUGGUUAAAGCGUUGGUUAAAAGUUUUGUUUAGGUCCGCCUUUUCUCAAAAACCUUGAGAGCUACACCUUUAAAACUUUGCACACUUGUUUGGCAUCAUUAAGUGACUUAGUAGGCCAAGAACCAUAACUCUGAUAUCCAUUUUGUCAAAAUUAUGGCCAUUUUUAGCUCAUCUGACUUUUUGAAAAAAAAAAAUUAUUAGAGUUAUUCUAAUCACUUGAUCGGCGUCGGCGUUGGUGUUGGCGUCGCAUGAUUAAGUUUUAUGUUUAGGUCAGCUUUUCUUCUAAACUAUCAAAGCUAUUGCUUUCAAACUUACAACACUUGUUUACCAUCAAAAGUUGACCUUGUACAGCAAGAACCAUAACUCCAUCCUGCUUUUCGCAAGAAUUAUGGCCCCUUUGGACUUAAAAUAGAUUUCUCGGUUAAGUUUUGCGUUAAUGUCAACUUUUCUCCUAAACUAUUAAAGCUAUUGCUUUGAAACUUGCAACACCUGUUCACCAUCAAAAGCUGACUCUGUACAGCAAGAAACAUAACUCCAUCCUGCUUUUUGCAAGAAUUAUGGCCCCUUUUGGACUUAGAAAGUCAUAUUUCUUGGUUAAGGUUUGUGUUUAGGUCAGUUUUUCUCCUAAACUAUCGAAGCAAUUGCUUCAAAACUUGCAACACUUGUUCACCAUCAAAAGCUGACUCUGUACAGCAAGAAACACAACUCCAACCUGCUUUUUGCAAGAAUUAUGGCCCCUUUUGGACAUAGAAAAUAUCGGAUUUCUUGGUUAAGUUUUGCAUUUAGGUCAACUUUUCUCCUGUACCAACAAAGCUAUUGCUUUAAAACUUGGAACAUUUAGUCGCCAUUAAAAGCUGACACUGCACAGCAAGUACCGUAACUCUGCAUUGCUUUUUGCAAGAAUUAUGGCCCCUUUUGGACUUAAAAAAUCAUGGGUAGGUCAAUAUUUCUAUUAUAGAGACAAAAAAAAAUUCAAGGUGGUGCUCUUGUUUUACUUACAACAUUUGAGUUUCUUGGUUAGAUGUUUUGUUUAGGUCCACCUUUUCUCAAAAACUAAACUACAAGAGCUACAGCUUUGAAACUUUGUACACUUAUUUAUCAUCAUUUGUUAACUGUGUAGGCCAAGAACCAUAACUCUGACUUGCAUUUUGUUAGAAUUAUAGCUCUUUUUGUAAUUCUGAAUUGUAACACUUUUCUUACAUACUGACCAGCUCUUACAGACGAGCGAUGACACACAUAGGCGGUGCUCUUGUUUACAUUUGGAGAAAGUGGGUUUUACUUGAUCUUAACACCAGUCUUGUUUCAUAUUAUUCCACACUUUUUGUUAUAUUUGCUCUAUUGUUACAUAACUAUAAUGUUAAUUUGCUUUUUCCUUUGAGUUUUAAUAGUUCGUUAUCCGCUCUUAACCUUUCCCUUUCCUUGUGAAUAAUGAAUAGAACUGUAUUGAUGUUUACGUUCUGUCAGAUAUGCAUGUCUCCUGAAGUAAUGAAUGUUUACACAAUUCUGCCAGGUAUGCAUAUCAUUAAGCAUUCCAUGAAUAGAUCCUUGAUAAUAACUUGACAGGUGUGUACCUUGCAGAAGUCCAAUGAUGUAAACAAGAAAAUAAUUAGGUUUAAGUAUCUUUUAAGUUCAGUUCAAAUAUGCUUUAGGAUUGUCGUAAAGGAGAAGAAAGAGAACAAUGUCCUAUUUAUGAAUAACAUUCACUUUUUAGCCAUUAGUUGCCAAAUUACCAUCCUAUAACUGUACAUGUAUUAUAGUUGUUAUGUUUAUAUUGAUACCAGUUGUCUGUAACUAAUUGUUAACUUGGUGCUAAUUUGAAAAAUAAAACAAUAAAUAUAUGAUGCAAGCUUG